AGAGCCUGACCCUCUCCUUCACCCGGAGCAGACCUCACCAUUGACCGGAAGAAUCACAGAGAAAUGGACACUACUGUCACGGCGACUCUCUGUGUAUAUCAUUCGGAUUAUCUCUGAUUUAAAUGCGACAUUAUGACCGGUUGGAGGCCGAGAACUGUCGGCAUUCAGACACACAGGCGACAGUUCAGCUGGUAAUGUGUUAAUCUCACCAAACGUCUGGUUCUCUUUCAUAAACGGAUGAGUCGUCGAGUAUGUCAACCGCAUGGCAGCGGGUUAUUUGACACUUUUCGCAGACGUAAAAUAGCUAAUUGCUCGUUCCUGCAAUGGCUUCAGCGCUGGGCUGCUUCAGUGGUCCCGAGGUUCUGGAGGACGUCAAUCACGCACGGGGGUUGAUAGACGAGCUGAAGUCCCUGUACGACUGCCGGCUGCUCGGUGACGUCACCAUCCGGGUCGAGUGGGACGAGGAGUCUCUGGAGCACAGCGGGGGGUCAGCCGGAAGUGACGUCGACCAACUCUUCCUGUGCAGCCGCAACGUCCUCGCCGCCGCCAGCCCUUACUUCAAAAGCAUGUUCACCGGGGGGCUGAACGAAAGCGUGCAGGAGAGGGUGGUCAUCCGGGGCGUGGACUCCGAGUCCAUGUCCGUCAUCGUGGACUACUGUUACACGGGCAGGGUGACCAUCACGGAGAGCAACGUCCAGCGGCUGUACGCGGCGGCCAACAUGCUCCAGCUGGAGUACAUCAGGAAGGCCUGCUCCAGCUUCAUGACGAGGAGGCUGGACCUCUCCAACUGCGUGGGCAUCCUGAAAUUCGCAGACACCUAUGACAACCCUGGACUGAAGGAGAACGCCCAAUCCUUCAUAGCAAGGAACUUUGGCCAGGUGUGCAACGGAGGGGAACUCUGCGAGCUGGACCUGACGCAGCUGAAGGAGAUGUUGUCCUUGGACACCUUGGACGUGGACUGUGAGAGGAAGGUGUGCUCCGCUGCCCUGCAGUGGAUUGAGGCCAACGUGCCUCUGAGAAGGGAGGACGCGCUGCUGGCGCUGAAGUGCGUGCGCUGGAACUUGUUCACGGAGAAGGACAAGUGUUACCUGGAGGGCCUCAUGGCCAGGCCUUUGAUUGAGAAAUACCUGGCGUCUUUCUACAACGGGUCGGCCGAGGACAGCGGUGGGACGCCCGCGGCCCUGGACGCGCCCAAACACAGGGUGGGUGUGAGCGCCAAAGAGAUGAUCCUCUUCUUCGGCCUACCCAACGACAACAUCAUGUGCUGCGACCCUUACUCCGAGGACCUGUACUUCAUGGCUCCUCCUUUGGAGGACCUCAGCAGUCAGGAUUACAAGCGCUCCACCAUGGAGUCCUUAAUCGCCUGUGCUGCGCCCGAUAACAACUUGUACCUGGCCUCCCACCUCUCAAAGCACUUCUGGCUGUACAACCCUGUGCUCAACAGCUGGCAGGAGCUGGCGGAGAGGCCUCUGGGGAGGAUACACUCCGGGAUGGGCUACCUCAACGGCCACGUGUACCUCCUAGGGGGACGGAAUCCCGUGACGGACACCCGACUGAAGGAGGUGGAGUGCUAUAGCGUCCAGAGGGACCAGUGGACGUUUGUGGCCCCUCUGCCUCACUCUUUGGGCAAAAUGCAGGUGGUGGCGCUGAACGACCACCUGUACGUGGUAAACAAACGGAGGAUGCUCUGCUACGACGCCAAGAGGAACCGCUGGCGCCACUGCGGCUCGCUGAGGAGGGACAAGCUUCACAAGGCCUGCGUGUACCAGGACCAGAUCGUGUGUGUGUGCGACAUCCCGUUGGUGAAGGCCUACAGCCCCGCCCGAGGGGAGUGGAAGAGGCUGGGCGACAUACCCAUCGACAGCCGCGCUCUGAACUACCAGGUGAUCCAGCACAACAGCAAGCUGCUCCUCCUCACCCAGACUCUGCUGCAGCACAACAAAAACAGGGUCCUCAUCCACGAGUACGACCCCGCCCGGGAGGCCUGGAAGAACAUCAUGGCGGUGUACGUGUCCACCCUGGGGCCCGUGUGCGUUUCGACGCGCGUGUACCCGGCGUGCCUGGGCUCCGCGCACAGCUUCUCCACAGAGGAGGACGAUGACAGUGGCUCCAGCGCCGACUGGGACUUUGACGGGUUGACGGACGCCGACUCUGACUCCGGCAGCUCCAGCUCUUUCUCGGACGAGAACUGGUAGUCGCUGUGUCAAAGAAAAGUUUAAUUUAUUUAUGAUUUAGUGGUUUGUACAGGGUUCUGUUUGCCAGGAUGAAGAAGCCAGCCCUUUACAGUAGAAGCACUUGUCCAUCAAAAUAUUGACUUCGAAUGGACGUGUUCCGUCACGAGUCUGGCAAAUAAAUAUUUACUGAACGAGAGGAAACCAAGCAGAGUUGGUUGCAUAAAUGCCAAGAGACAAGAGCUUUUUGUUUUCAUUAUGUGCUGCCAGUAUGGAGGACAGUAGGAAGCCCGGUAGAGUCCUGUUUACACGAUAACUCGAGACAAACACACAACAGAAUAAGCUCCGCCCACAGGGUCAUAAUGUAGCACAUUAAUAAGGGCAGCUGAGUGAAUGGUUACUCCAGAUAUGUAGCUUUACACUUUUAUAAUAUAGGGGAAACUGGCAAAGACCAGUCAAAAAUCAAAGCAGCAGAGGCUGUUGGGGUUAUUCUGAGAUAUUCGUCAUCCUACACUUCCCAUAAUGCAGUGGUUUCCAAAAAUGAGCCUUUGCAGUGUAGAUGCACAAGACCAGAGGAAAAAUGUUCCCACACUAUAUCUUUUCACAGGAGAGACAUUUUACCUCGUCAAACACAAAAGACGUGUUACCAAUAAGAUGACUCAUUGCUGGAACAUCGUUGAUGUUAUCAUUUCUACCUGUGCUCUUCCUUCUAUGACAAGUCAAAAUGUCUGUUGUCAAAUGGAAGCAAAUGACACUAAAAAGUGCAAGGUAAGAUUUUUAGAUAAGUUGGAAAAAGAAAAACGGGGUGGUGCUCAUCAAGCAAACACAUCAGUACAAUACAAAAUACAAAGACGCCUAUCUUGGUCUUGAGUCAAUAUAGUACAAUUUAAAAUAUUUCUUAGGGGGAUACGGCAAAAAAAAAAAUUUGGAACCACUGCCAUAAUGCAAAUUGCUUUAUACUUGAUGAUGCUUCUCCGGAGCUACAAAAGACAUUGUAGGUAAGUGUCUACGCAGGCCGAGUAGUACUGCCCAUCACUAGUACAAUGACAUCAAACGUGUUAAAUGGGCGGAGGGCCCCUUUUAAUGUUCGGUCCUAGCGAUGUGCUGUAUAAAGGCGCACGUUUUUGACUGAAAUAUGUAGAUUAUAUUUAGCGUGAAUAAAUGAGCACUCCCUGCUUAUGAUUGGUCAUAGGACAUCAGGCAGCUCAAGUGCCUCACGUUUAUGACUUUUAACACAACUGGUCAUUUACAGGGCUUUAAAACAUCCUGUCCUUUUUUUUUUUUUUUUUUUAUGUUGUAGAUGCAAAUCAAGACGUCACACACACACACACACAUAGCCGGUGUUGUGAAAACUACUGAAGCCAAUAUAAUGUACGUUCACUCAGGUUUAGGCUUCAGCAAAAGCCUGCAUGCCAUGGUUUUUCCUUUUUUUAUGUUGUGAAAAUUAGGUAGUUUGGUUGACAAAAAUGUAUACAUUUUAAUAAAAUUAAUUUUAAACUAUUUUAUGGAUCGCAUGUUUGCGUUUUCUUAUCGAUGAUGUUUAACUUAAUGUUUAUGUUACAAUCAGAAUCCAAUUGUUCCACAAAGUGUUUUUUUUUGUAUUGUUUGAUCCUGAUGAGCUGUUUGAAUUGAAGGACUUUUUGUCUGCAUGUAGUGGAACUGUUGCAAAGCCAUCGUCCUCCCCAACCAACCAGUACAUUCAAAUACCAGUUUACUACAAGUGUUUCUAAUGUGUCUGCUCUCAUUGAUAGAAAUAAUGUAGACACAAUAUUAGAAUCACCUCUAAGUAUAAUGCAAUAUUGUAAUCUACAGCCUCCAAAAUGACCAUCAAGUUGAAUCAUUAGUCUGUAAGACAAGUAAUAAAACAUUAAUAUAACCUUAACGAAGGUUGGAUUAAUAACUGGGCUGUCUUAUUGAAGCUGAGUUAGUGUCUGCUAGUUGUUCCUAAUAAACUGGUAAAUGAGUGCAGUUCUCAAUGUUGUCCAUCUGAAUGCUGGGUAAUUUAAGUUUACAUUUUGAAGUUUUGUGUGUGUGUGUGUGUGUGUGUGUGUGAAGGGGUGAUUGUCAGUGGUACCACACACAGUCUGGAUUAUAAAACUGUUUUGGUUUAUGUGUCAAAUAAACACGAUGCA